AAAAUUUAAACCCUAGGCCUAGUUCAGUAACCAGCUCUCUCACUCACCCCACACACACAGGCACAGCGCCGCCCACCUCCCCCAGUUCUCUCACUCUCACCUCGGUUCACCGCCAUCGCACGCUCGCCUCCGUCGCCGGGCCUCUUGCUGGAUCCACCUCACGCUCGCGUCUCCUCCGCUCGUCAUCCCUCGCGGGCUCCCUCUGCCUCGUAUUCUGCUCGUUCGCCAUCACUGCACCCAACGGUCUGUCCAGGUCUCUGCCCGCUCCUCCGUCCAGCCACCAUUGAAGUUUGAUAUUGAGAAUGGCGGAAGAUAAUAACGAAGUCACACAAACAUUUAAGGAUUUGGGAUUAUCUGAAGAAUUGGUGGAAACUUGUGAUAAAUUAGGUUGGAAAAAUCCAUUGAAGAUACAAUCAGAAGCGAUUCCUCUUGCACUACAAGGAAAAGAUGUGAUUGGACUCGCCCAAACGGGUUCUGGUAAGACUGGAGCUUUUGCACUUCCCAUAUUGCAUGCCCUCUUAGAGGCGCCACGCCCCAAUGAUUUCUUCGCAUGUGUGUUGUCUCCCACAAGAGAACUUGCUAUUCAAAUUGCUGAGCAGUUUGAAGCUUUAGGGUCUGGGAUUGGUGUCAAGUGUGCUGUGCUUGUUGGAGGGAUUGACAUGGUACAGCAAUCCAUCAAGAUAGCAAAGCAGCCUCAUAUUAUUGUCGGAACACCAGGACGCGUUUUAGAUCACCUCAAAAACACCAAAGGAUUUUCUCUUAAUAGAUUAAAAUAUUUGGUCCUAGAUGAGGCAGACAGGCUGUUGAAUGAGGACUUUGAGGAAUCACUUAAUGAGAUUAUACAAUUGAUUCCUCGCGAGCGGAGAACAUUUCUGUUUUCUGCUACAAUGACUAAGAAGGUCCAAAAGCUCCAAAGAGUUUGUUUAAGGAAUCCUGUGAAGAUUGAAGCAGCCUCUAAGUAUUCUACUGUUGACACACUGAAGCAGCAAUAUCGUUUCUUACCUGCCAAACACAAGGAUUGCUACCUUGUGUACAUUCUCACUGAAAUGGCUGGAAGUACAUCAAUGGUGUUCACUCGUACAUGUGAUUCAACUCGUCUUCUUGCUUUGAUUCUUAGUAAUCUUGGUCUCAAAGCCAUCCCAAUUAAUGGUCAUAUGACCCAGUCAAAAAGGCUUGGAGCCUUGAAUUUAUUCAAGUCGGGGGCUCGCAAUAUUCUCAUUUGUACUGAUGUAGCUAGUAGAGGAUUGGAUAUUCCAACAGUAGAUGUUGUGAUUAACUAUGACAUCCCCACAAACUCCAAAGAUUAUAUACAUCGUGUAGGAAGGACUGCUCGUGCAGGGCGUUCUGGGGUUGCAAUUUCCCUUGUGAACCAAUAUGAGCUGGAGUGGUACAUUCAAAUAGAGAAACUUAUAGGCAAGAAGCUACCAGAAUAUCCUGCACAAGAAGAGGAAGUUCUACUAAAAUGAAGGAGGAAGCCAUGGGGAAGAAGAAACGGAGAGGUGAAUCAGAUUAUGGCGAAGAAGAUAUCGACAAAUACUUAGGUCUCAAGGAUAAGAAAUCAUCCAAAAAGUUUAGAAGAUGAUACCUUACCACUGCAGUUUCGUUUUCAAGUAAUCAUCAUAUAUGUAUAUGGCAAUUUUGGUAUUUUAUUUAACAUUACUUAGUCUAUAUUGAUGCUUUGGAGUUCCCGAUGGAAGCUCUGGCUUUUGUCUUCAUUAUUGCAUAUUUAUGGUUGAUGGGACUUUGUAAUAUGGCUGAAAAGAAGCCUUGAAAAAUCAAUUACCUUGUACAACAUGAACCUUCUAUAUUUUGCUAAUUUUGCAUCUAAGGCUAUGAUUGCAAUCAA